GCUUCGGUUUCGUAGCGUUGAUUGCUACUAUCUUGUUUUAUUCAAAUUAAUAAACAAUUAAAUUAGUGUUAAUGUUAAGUUAGUUUAAUUAGUUAAGAUGGAGUCUAUUUCAAACGAAGGCAUGUGUCGGUGUUGUGCAUCGGAAGGUACUUUUAAAGACUUUCUUACGACGUACCAUUGGAUGGGCGAAGAAGAAAUUUAUGCCGAUAUGCUAAGAGAUUGUUUUGCGAUUACAUUAUACACAUCGGAUGACGUUAAUAAUGGGGGUAUAUGCGAGGUGUGUAUUACGCAGCUCCGAAACGCUUGCAACUUCAAGCGUCAGGUGCAGCAGACAGAGGAGCAGUUUAAAAAGAGAGUUCAGAACAGUGUACUUAAAUCGAGCGUCAUAAAACUGGAGAUGGCUGGCGUUGACGACGGCGAACAUUCCGAUACAAAUUUAUCCGACGAAUUUUCUGUUACGGAAUUCGAAGUGCCGAUAAAAGAGGAGAAGGUCGAAGAGAAACCGAAGAAACGUCAAGCGGCCAAACCGUCGACGUCCAGAGCGAAGAAGGCGAAGACCGAGGACGGCGAGCCUUCAGCUAAACGUGUCGAGGUUGAAACAAGCUUUGUUGAAAUAACGAUCAAACAGGAACCGACAUCUGAUUCGGAAGAACAAGAGACAAAACUCGAAACGGUAGUUAAAAUAGAAAAAGUGUCUGAUGAAAAUGGAUCGAAAAAGGUAAUAAAAGAUCCCAAAAAAAGCGCAGCCGACAAGAAAUCUAAGAAAGAUCAAAUUCUAGAAAUGGAAAAGCAUUUGAAAAAUAUUAGUACGAUUCUGUUACAUACUAACGCUACCCCGAUAAGAUACCACGAUGGUGCUAACUAUGUGUGUGCUCUAUGUCCAGAAACAUAUCCACUUCCGUCGGAAUUGAAAAUGCACGUUUUAGAGGAACACGACGAAAUAGACAAAUCAUCGUUCAUGGAAGGUCAUAGAUUGACUUCCUAUGUGGUCAAACUCGAUAUCACGAAUUUGCGCUGUUUAAUUUGCCACAGCGAAAUCGAAGGUUUUGAUCCAAUAAAUCAUCUUCGCUCUGCACACGGCAAAGAAUUGCAUACCGAUAUACCAAAUCAUAUAUUACCCUUCAGAUUCGUUGGAAACGGUUUUGACUGCGUCCAAUGCCCAAAAUCCUUUGAACAUUUUAAACUUAUCCAAGAACACAUGAGUGUACAUUAUGGUAAUUAUAUAUGCGAAACUUGUAACGCCCCUUUCGUUAAUAAGAGAACAAUGCAAAAUCACGCAAACAGACACAAAAAGGGCGAUUUCCCAUGCAGUCAGUGUGCAAAAAUAUUCGAUACGAACAGAAAAAAGUUGAAUCAUGAAAAGUUUGUGCACGAUGGCGAUUAUAAGAGGAAAAAGUGUCCGUAUUGUCAGGAGAAGUUCACCAAUUAUGCCAAGAAACGAUCUCAUAUGGUUCAAGAACACGGCGCGGAACCUUUGUCCGUCAAGUGUGAGAUUUGCAAGAAAACUUUUAGUACGAGAGCUCGAUUAAGAGGUCACACCAGACGAGAUCAUAUGGAGUGCCAGCACGCUUGUACGGAUUGUGAAAUGAGGUUCUAUACCAAAUUGGAACUUGUUAAGCAUAUGGUGAAGCACUCCCCAUUAAGGGAAUAUCAGUGUGACAUAUGCCAGAAGGCGUAUGCAAGGAAACACACUCUCCGGGAACAUUUGAAGAUACACGCUAAUAUUAGGAAAUUUAAGUGCGAACUAUGUGAAUUUACAUUCGUGCAAAAGUGCAGUUGGAAAUCUCAUAUGCGUAAUAAACACAAGAUAAAAGUACCUUAAUGGGGUUUUUAAAUAUCGAAUGGUUUUAAUUGAUUAUCUUUAGGGUUUUGAAACUUUCAAAAUUAGUCAUUAAACGUGGUAUUGUUUAGGUGUAGAAUGUUUAGACGUAACUAGCUUUGGGGUUGAACAUACACCUUGCGACGGCGUGUCGUUCAUAUUAUGACAAUGAUAAACAAAGAAAUAUUACUUUUACCAUAAAUCUAUAAUGUAGAUUUCAUGGACAGUUUUCAGUGAAGUAAAUUUAUACUUGACAGACAGUGCCACGUCACGACGUCGUAAAGUGCUUACGUUUGUUACCCCCUCGUUUUUAAAUUUAAUAUUACUGAUCUAAUUCGGAGGAGAUCGAGCAAUAUUUACUAAAUGUUUAUGACUGAAAAUUAAAUUUCGUUCAUGGACGAUUAUUUAAUUAAAUUCUUCAAAUUUAUAUUUAAUGCAUGGGUAAAUUAUAUAAAGGUAUCUUUAGCAGUAUUUAUAGAACCGACUUUAACUUUAAUUUGCAUUCGUUAUUAUGGUAUUGACAGGGCACUGUAUUUUCGUUCAAGUUAAACAAAAUCAACCAUCCUUAACAAAACGAUUUCGUUCAUAGAAUAGACCAAACUGUUUGGACAUGACAUGUGUAUUGAAUUAUUUAGACGGUAAAGAAGUCGUUUAGGCAUUUGGAGUGUGUCGUGUUAUUUUUGAAUAUUCGAAUCCCAAGAAAUACAGAUAAAUGUUGUUAAGAUAUGAAAGAGAACCAAUUUAACGUGACUAUGACAUAUUACUAUGAAAGGUCACAAAGAACUACAAUCAAGCUCAACAAUAUGCAUAGAAAUCUCUAUAUCUCAGGAUUAUUUUCACUAUAAGAAUUAUUAUAAAUCUGAUUUCUGCACAGUACGUUCUAUUUAUGAAAUGAACUUCGUCUAGUUCAGCCAGUCAUAAAAAUGCAGUGACGUAUUUGUCAGAGGGUAUCACCAUAGGGUUGAUAGCCCAGGGAGAUGCGUCCACUUUUUAUUAUUACUAUCCGAAAUUUCGGAGAUUUCUGAAAAUUUUGGAUUGUCUCACUUUUAUGCGUUUAAAACUAGAAUUCAUCAAAGUUAUAGUUUGGAGGUUAGGAUAUAUGUUAUAUCUACCCUCCUGUAGCAAUUUAUUUUAAUAACAACGAACAACAGGAAUUUAUUUACGUUAAAUAAAUAUAAUAUGAAUAUGUGAUAUUUUUAUUAUCUUUGAUUAAUCAUAUUUCGUAUAUUAAUAUAAAUAUUUUCUACGUGACCAAAAACGUUUUAUAAUGUUCUAGAUUCUUCGACGGUUAAAAAUAAAAAAAAAAAAAAUUCAUCUGACUUGUCUAUUCCGUUUUUUCCUACAAAAUCUGAUAUCAUCAUUCGUUCUUCUUGACAACGAUAUAAUUAAUUAUUGAAACGUCUAUAGACUAUUCCAAACAAAGAUGUUAAUGUGAAUCUAUGAUAUUCAUUAUAAUUUGCGAAAAACGGAGUCUUAAUUGUCGACAAAGUGUUUAUCGGAACUUUAGUAUUGGAACAGUGUUGUAUUAUAAAUGAAUGCAUA